AACCCAAAAGCAUGUGAAAAAUGAAUUUCCGUCACUAUUUAACGGUCAAAAUUAAUAGAAUAAUCUGAAAUGGAUUAAAACUUUAGUAAGUAACUUAUGUUACAAAUAAAUUUAAUUGAUGACCUAGAAUGAAAAUAUAUUAAAAAUUGAUGACUUGUUUUGAGAUUCACUCGAAGUAAUAUUAUGCGAGUAAGCGGGUGUCUUCAGUUAUCAUGCGAUGUGAGACCACAACUUUGGUUUGUUGGUUAACCAAAGAAAAAAUAAAAAUAAAGAGUUACCCAUAUUGAUGCCUUUCAUUUGACUAGAAAACUUUUAUUAAAAUUCUACUACAAAUAUGAUAUUUCUACUGUCCCGAAAUUAUAAUCUAGUUUGUGUUUUCAUUUUUAGUAAAAUUGAACUGAAAGUGAAAAUCCAAAUUGAACAAUAAUUUUUGGGACAGAGGAAAUAUUAAAACUGAGAGUUUCGCUAUUAAUAAAAUUUGUUAGGAUAAGAGUAUACUCCCUUUGGUCCUUAUAAUAAAAUCAUUAGGAUUCAUUUUUGGUGAAUAUAAUAUUUUGAUUUUGCUUAAAUUUUAUUUAUCAUGUAUUUCCAAAUAAAAUUAAAAUUUUAAAAAUUUAUUUUCAUAUUUAUUGUGUUGUCUCAAUUGUUAAAAAAUAUGUUUAAAGUUCGUUUUUCAAUUUGAAGAACGUGAUAAAUGAAACUAAAGAGAAAUCAAAAUGCCUUAUAAUUAAGACCUGAUGGAGUGAUAUUAAAAUUUAGAUCAAUCAAUACAUGAAAAUGAUGACAUAUACAGUAUACACAUUAGUGCAACACUAGCCAAAAUUAUAGAUAUUCUUUUUUGUUUUAUUAAUUUAAGCAAACAAAAAACUGUAUUUUUUUUUCUAAUUUACCGCGGCAUUAAAAAGAAGGAGAAGAAAAGGUUAAAUAGGAAGGAGCGUGAUAAAAAGGGGAUCAAUUUUGGAAUUUUAUAUUUAAUAAACGUUAAAAUCGGCGGGUUUUUCUUUGUCUUUUUUCCCGACAAAAUUACUUCAAUUGUUUUCUGUUUAUAUUUCCCCUCUUCCAAAAAUACCAUAAACCCUAUAAACCCUUGUAAGCUCAAUUUUUAGCACCUUCCGGCGGAAAUCACGGUUAAAAUAGCAGCAAAGUCGAAUGGAUGAUCUCUCAACCAGUUUCCGGUGAGGUAAAGCCUCGAUUUCCGGCAGCGUCGCUGCCGUUGCCUUCCCCCAGAGAUUAUCAUCGCGCCGGUAGUUACAGAGUUCCUGCUAUAGAUUCUACUGAGAAAAUGCAGUGCAUUUCGAAGCGCCUCUCCUUAUCUCACUCCUCGAUUUCCAGGUUUAACCGAGCAUUUGCUGAGACCUCCAAUCCUGUGAGAGGAUCGAAUCUAUGGAUUAGAAAAAACUUGUCAGCUUCUUCUGCUGUUGCUGAUCCUGAUCCUGAUCCUGGUGAUGUUUCGCCAAAGCUCCCUAAAGAGGGUAGGAAAAGGAUCUCAAAGGCGGAAAGGAAAAUGUUGUUGGAGUCAUUUGUGAACAGGUAAUACUCGCUUCUGCUAAACACAUUUCAUUUGAAACGAAACAAUCCAUAAAACUGUUUUGGCCAAUGUUUUUAUUAAUGGAAGUAGAAUGAAUCGAAAACAAGUAAUGGAUAAACAAGCCUCAAGGUCAAAUUUUCUGAUAAUCUCACCUCCCUUCUAUUUAAUGGACUUGAUACUACCAUCAAGAAGUUAUACCGGUGAAGGAUUUGGCAUUAGGUUUGAUUUAAUGAGUAAAUCAAAUUUGUGAUACAUAUAGUUCUUGCUUCGAUUUAAUAGACUUGAUCCAUCAGGAAGUCAUACUGGCGUAGGAUUUGGCAUUAUCAUUGAUUUAAUGAGUAAAUCCAAUUUGUGAUACAUAUAGUUCUUGCUUCAGAAUCUAAAAACCAUGCAUCAGGAUCAAUAUGCUCAAUUUAACUAUGACUGGGUGGUAGGCUGAUACCUGCGAACUCCUGCUGGAUCAGGUUCAUUGCUGCUGACUGGCAGCUGUUCCCAAUGUCAUGACUCGAAGUAGGUGCAUUAAUAUGCCAGCCAUUUCCUGCAUUUACAGAAUUAUCUUUUGCAUUUAUCUGACUGUUAUAGCAGAGGCUUCACGAUUUUCUUUGAUCUUAAAAUCCUCUGGAUUCUGGAUUUCCUACCAAUUGGUAUCAAGCAUCCCUGGUAUCUUCGUUAUAUACACAAUAAUCACAUUUCAAGUCCUCCGUAGCUGUGUUAUCCUUUUUCUUGAAGCCUGAUCCAGUAGUAUUGUUACCCUUUGCAUCGUUAAUCCACUGUUUUCAGCAACUUCCGUGUAAGAAAGUUGUGCAUUUUUCUGAGUUUCAUCAGUCAGCAACAUUCCAUGCACUCUUAAUACACUGGAUUCAAUUGAGUAAAAAGGGCAUCAAUUGCUCCCUAGACUCUUUCUUUCCAACAGAACCAGGUAAUCCAUGGUUGAAAACGCAUAAAGAUUUGAAGAUUAUAAAUUCAAAUCUGUACUAAUCAACAGCCCCAUAUAUAUUGUAGGUAAACAUUCUAUCUUCUUACUAAUCCACAUUACAGGCAAUAUACAUAAGGAUUGAACACUCUUAUUAUCUAUUCUGAACUAAGAACAUAAACUGUACAAAAUACCACUCCUGGUGCACUUUUACAGCUCCACUGAUGGCUAUUAUUUAUAAAUCCUUAGUUUAUUUUCAUAGGAUAUUUGAUGUGCUUAGUGAGUAUUUCUUGCACAAAAGCUAUACCCGUCUAGAAAAUUGAAAGUCAGAGGAUGUUGAUAUUGCAGUUAUAGAGCCAUGAACUCUGGUAAAUUUCCUACUCCUAGUGAGGCCAAGAGAGAAGUUGGUGGAGGUUACUACGCUGUGAAGAAGAUUAUCCAGGAGAUGGAAUACGGAAGUCACAUAUCUUCUGCAAGUUUAAGCGGGCAAUUUCAAAAAGGAGGAGAAGAUGAGAAAAGAGAACAACUGAUAGAGGAGGUGGAACGGCAGGAAAUCAAGUUGUCCAGACAAGAAACUAUGGUUACAGAAGUAAAAGAAGAAAAAGAAGUGUCCGAGAUUCCUAGCUCUUGUGAGAAGGAUCCUCUUUCAGAUCCUCUGGUUACUAACGGAGAAAUCGUGAAAUCUGCUCAACCUGCACACAAAAGUAUGUUCAUAGAAGAAAAAGAAGAAAAAGAAGUGCCUGGGAUUAUUAACUUGUCUCCUGAGAAGGAUCCUAUUCCAGAUGCUCCAAUUACUAGUGAAGAAAUCAUGAAAUCUGGUCAACCUGAACAUGAAACUAUGGUUACAGAAGAAAAACAAGUGUCCGAGAUUAUUAACUUGUCUUGUGAAAAGGAUCCUCUUUCAGAUCCUCUGGUUACUAACAGAGAAAUCGUGAAAUCUGCUCAACCUGAACGCGAAACUAUGUUUGUAGAAGAAAAAGAAGAAAAAGGAGUGCCUGAGAUUAUUAACUUGUCUCGUGAGAAGGAUCCUAUUUCAGAUGCUCCGAUCAUGAAAUCUGCUCAACCUGAACAUGAAACUAUGGUUACAGAAGAAAAACAAGUGUCCGAGAUUAUUAACUUGUCUUGUGAGAAGGAUCCUCUUUCAGAUGCUCAGAUUACUAAUGAAGAAAUAGGGAAAUCUGCUCAACCUGAACAUGGAACUGUGGUUAUAGAAGAAAAAGAAGUGUCCGAGAUUAUUAACUUGUCUUGUGAGAAGGAUCAUGUUUCAGAUGCUCAGAUUACUAAUGAAGAUAUUGUGAAAUCUGCUCAACCUAAAACAGAGGAGCCUUUGAGGGACUUGACCGAAGAACAGAGGAAGGAUGUAGAGUCUCCAAAGAAAUCGUUUGGGUGGAAUCUGAAGUCUAUAGCAGAUGGCAUUGUCAGUUUCUGGAGGAAAUUGUAAAUUUUCUGUUCGAAGACUAGGAGAUUUUGUUACUGUCACUUUGUGGUCUUGAGUGGUUCUAAAGUUAGUGCGCACGUGUGUACAGAGUAUACUUUUUGUCGGUUCACCAAACGCUACAUUUGACAUUAAAUCCUGCAGAUAGGAUACGUGAUCAACCUUGUAGGAAAGCAUAGAUAUGUAUAUGAAGCAGGAAAAGUAGAGUUUGUGCAGCUAAUUUUCACAUCGAGCCUGUUCUUCUGAUUCAGAAGGGGACUUGUAGAUCUUAGCAUGAGGUUUCAUGGCUUGAUGUGCUUCUGGGGUACCAUCUGUGGCAUGCUAACUCCAAAUCAUUUAUUAUUUUGGUUCUUUGUUUAGAAGUUCCCAGUCUCAGUCCAAGUAUGAGUUUUUUCUAUCUCGUGUUUCGUUAAAAGUGUCGAAUGAGGUAGAUAGCAUAACUGUUUUUGCGA